AUGAUUUCGGAUAUGGAACUUAUUGGAGAGCACAAAGUUGGAAUUCUCGACAACAACAUUGAUGCUCUAGCUUUAGCUAAAGAAAUUGCUCACAACAAGGACGCUCAAGAAAACGAUGAGGCUUUCAUGCUUGUCAACUUGGAUGUCAUUCUUGAUCGUUUCCGAUUGUGGAAAAGAGAGCUACCAAUGAUCGAGCCCUUCUAUGCUGUCAAAUGCAACACCGAUAAAGUUCUUGUUCGAGUUCUUGCCUCCCUCGGUACUGGAUUCGACUGUGCAAGUCGGGAAGAAAUUGAUAUCGUUAUGGAUAUGGGCGUAGGGGCUGAUAGAGUCAUCUACGCUAACCCGUGCAAAACAAGAUCCUUCAUUGCACAUGCUAGAGACCGUGAUGUUAAAAUGAUGACCUUUGACAAUGCGGAAGAAUUGGAGAAAAUUGCUAAGAUUUAUCCUCAAGCAGAAAUGAUUCUUAGAAUAGCCGUUUCGGACCCAACUGCUGCUUGUCCCUUGAACUUAAAGUUUGGUGCUGAUCCUGUAAGUGCAGCACCACAACUUCUAAAGACUGCUCAACGUUUAUCUGUUAAUGUCAUAGGAAUCAGUUUUCACGUUGGAUCUGGAUGCAACGAUGCUUCAGCUUACUAUACUGCCAUCAUGCAUGCUAGAACUCUCUUCGAUAUCGGAAAAGGCCUAGGAUUCAACAUGAAAAUCCUUGAUAUGGGUGGUGGCUUCCCAGGUGCUGAGCAUCACAUGCCAUUCGAAACUAUUGCUGAAGUGAUCAGAAAAAGCUUAGACGAAUUCUUCCCUUAUGGUUCUAAUGUUCGGCUUAUUGCGGAGCCUGGGCGUUUCUUCGCAGCUCGACCUUUCUCACUUGUAUGCAAUGUCAUUCACGCUACUGAAGUGCAGGCCGAUAAAAUAUCGAAAAAGGACGAUGAUAGUGAUAAAAAGGGCAUGAUGUACUAUUUGAAUGAUGGCGUUUAUGGCUCAUUCAACUGCAUUCUCUUCGAUCAUGUCCAACCCGUUGGGCGUCCAUUAUUUGAGAAAGAUAGUGAGAAACUACUGACUACAAUUUGGGGACCAACAUGUGAUAGUAUGGACAAAAUCGAAGAUAUGAAAAUGAUGUCACGUUUGGUUGUUGGAGAUUGGGUUGUUUAUGAGAACAUGGGGGCAUACACAAGUGCCGCAUCUACAACCUUCAAUGGCUUUCAACGACCUACUCCCAUCUAUGUAAUAGAUCGUAAGAAAUGGAACACAAUUGCUUCUUCUCCAUACGUCUAG